UGCUGAGAGCAGUAUAAUGUGAAAACAACAGAUAUCAUUUUAAAUGCAAACAUAUGUGACAUUGAUUGUACAUCAUUAUCGAUAUGCGAACAUAUGUGUCUUCCUCCAACUGAGGGGAUGUCGCUAAACCUGUUAGAACCUGAUCUUGACUAGUUUAUUGUGAAAUUACUCGCUAUAUUACGCGUUCAUUUGCAAUCAACACAUUGAGAGAAGUCAACGUUGUAAUAAAGAUAUUUCUCGAAAAUGAGAUCAUUAAUAUUAAGUGUUCUGUGUGUUAGUGUGUUAGGGCUGUGUGAAUGCUGUAGUUGCAUUGAAAAGACCAAAUUGGAAUUGGGCUGUGAGUCAGAUUUUAUAUUCCAGACCGAAGUGAAAAGUUCCCAUCGAAAUAAUGCGGAUCCUUUCGAUUUGUACUAUAAGAUUGACAGACCAUGCUAUGAAAAUACGUACAAGUUCAAUUUCAAGCAAUACGUGUCAGCGGCGAACACAGAUAGAGUAUACACAAGCGAGAGUAGCUCAUUGUGCGGCGUCUAUUUAGAAGAGGGGAAAACAUACAUCCUGUCAGGGCGUGUGAAUAAAGAAAAGCAGCGUUUUGAAAUCAGCUCUUGUUCAUCGUGGGUUGAGUCGCCAAUCAGCGCAGAGUCGCAGCAGCUGCUGAUGCAGUUCAAACAAGGAACCGUUGUGUGUCCGGAGUGAUCUGCAGCGCACACGAAAAAAUACAUAUGGACACGCUUUGCUAACUUAGUUGUACAGUACUGAACCGUGUACAAGUUGCUAACAUGUCCUAUUAAACGAAAGCAAACAACAUAGUGUCUUAAUAAUUAUACUUGCAUUGUUUUCGGGG